AACAGUUAUAUACGUGGUGCCCGGCCGCACAGUACACCGCGACAACAUAUUGAAAAAAAGCCCUUCAUCCUGACUUUUCAUAAGUCUAUCAUGACAAUAAGGUCAACGAAUUCGUCGAGCUCGAACACAUAGUUAGUACAAGCGCAAAUUCGGCAAUCAUGGAUCAACUAAUUAUCCUAAUAGCGGCGAUUCAUCUGCUAUACUGUCCGUUCACGAAAGUCGAGGAAAGUUUCAACCUGCAGGCUAUACAUGAUAUUCUAUAUCACGGUUCCAAUCUGACUGAGUAUGAUCAUCACGAAUUUCCCGGAGUGGUGCCACGUUCUUUUCUGGGGCCUAUUACAGUAUCCUUUACGGCCUUACCAUUCAUGAUAGGCAUUAAUUACCUGCAGCUCAAUAAAUUUUGUGCUCAAUAUGCAGUAAGAGCAACAUUAGGAAUAUUAGUGAUAGCUACAUUCAAGUUAUAUAGGCACACUUUGCAGAACAUUUUUGGACUGCAGUUUACAAAAUGGUUUAUUGCAAUAACUGUGACACAGUUUCAUUUUAUGUACUAUCUCAGUCGUCCACUGCCAAAUAUAAUGGCUCUGCCUUUAGUGUUAUUAGCCUUGUCAGGAUGGCUGAAGAAAAAUUAUGUACUAUUUAUCUGGUCAUCAGCUGCAGCAAUAAUAAUAUUCAGAACAGAACUCGUCAUACUCUUGGGAUUGUUUCUGUUAAUUUCUAUAGUCAGCCAGAAAGUUUCUAUACAAAGACUGCUUAGAAUCAUGGUUCCAGCUGGUAUAUUGUUCUUAGUACUUACUGUUGCUGUAGAUUCAAUAUUCUGGAAACGUUUAGUAUGGCCAGAAGGCGAAGUAUUUUAUUUCAAUACUAUUCUUAAUAAGAGCAGUGAAUGGGGCACAUCACCAUUUUUAUGGUACUUUUAUUCAGCGUUGCCAAGAGGUCUAGCACUUUCAUACAUUUUAGUUCCUUUAGGGACGUUUUGGGACAGGAGAGUUUGUACAUUUACUGUCCCAGCUAUUAUAUUUGUCAUAUUAUUAUCAUUUUUACCACACAAAGAACUGAGAUUUAUCAUAUAUGUGUUUCCAUUACUGAAUGUUGGUGCAGCUGCUGCUUGUCAUAGAAUAUGGGAAAAUAGAGCAAAAACAACGUUGAAUUAUAUUCUAGCAGGGCUAGUCAUAACUCAUAUUGCAUUAAAUACUAUAUUCACCACAUAUAUGCUAUGUGUGUCUGGUUCUAAUUAUCCUGGAGGUCAAGCAAUUGGUAGAUUACAUAGACUCGAAAAAAAUUCGCUAGAGCCAGUACAUGUACAUAUUGAUGUAUUGACUGCACAAACCGGAGUAUCAAGAUUUACACAGACCAAUGAUUCUUGGAUAUAUUCAAAACAAGAGAACUUAUCUUUCGACGAUCCUGAAAUGCUACAGUUUACUCAUCUCUUGAUUGAAGGGAAAAGCAAAUAUUCUCCAAAUAUAAAGCCUUAUCUUAAAACUCACGAUAUUAUUGAUUCUAUUGAUGGAUUCUCGCAUAUAACAUUUAAUUAUAACAUAUUACCGCCUAUUAGAAUUAAAACAAAACCUAGCAUAUUUAUUAUGAAAAGAAAAUUGAAUAUCAAAUACGAACCUUAUAAAUCAAAAUCUUCGAUUUCUGCAAAGAAUUCUUCAAAGCAAAUGGAUAAUGUAGAAAAUGUAGAUGUCAACAUGUCACACGAAGUAACAAUAGAACCAGAAUUUGAUAAUAUUGUCAAGUCAUCGGAAGAAUUUGAAAAGCCAGAAGAAACUAGUGAACAAAUGAAUAACAAUACUAAAGAAAAAGAAGAAUUUCAGAAUUUGGUAGAUGAUAAUGCAACAUCUAUGGAAAAUACUACUACAUGGAAAAUUGAAGAUAUAAAUAAAUUAUCACCAAAUUCAAAAGAUAAAAUAGAAAAAAAUUCAGAUUUUGAAAGUGUUUCUAGUAACCAUGAUGCCAAACUUGACGAAAACAUAAAAACAAAGAUUGAAGAGGGAAAGAUUGUUAAAGGAAAACCUAAAAAUAAUUUAAAUCUGCGCCAAGAAACUCAAAGUGGUACUAAAAAGAUGGUUAAACAAAUUAUUCAGGAAAAGAUACAAGAAGACAAACAAAAGCAAGCAGCAGAAGGGCCAAAGAAGACGAAAACAUUAAAACAAGAAAUAAAAAAUCAAAUCAUUGCAGAUGAAUCAAUUCAAGAUCAAAUUAAAAUUGUAAAUGAAAAUACGAAAGAUGAUAAACAGAGAUUUAUUAAUGCAAAAGACAUUACACCAAAGACAGAUAAAAUCAAGAUAGCAAAGCCAAUUAAUCUGGAGAAAAUCGCGGAAAAUGAAGAUAUAAAUAAAGAAAAAAUUGUGGAUGUAAUAAGAAAGAAGAUUAUAAAAUCACAAGAUAGUGUUCAUACAGAAUUACCUGUAAUUGAGGAAGAAAUUAUAGAGGAAAAAGAUAAAGAAGAUAUUAAAACAUCAAAACUAAUAAAUGUAAGAGAACGUAUAAAAAACAUAAUAAAUCAAUUUAAAGAAAUUGAAAAUGAUUUUAUACAUGAUAAUAUUGAUUCAAUGACAUUAACAAAUGAUAUAAGCCAUGCAAAUUAUAUUGAAAGUGAUCUACAUAUAACAAAAACGGACAAUAGUAUUACAGAUCAUUCUAUGAAAAAUGAGGAUCAAGUGAUAGUAAAAGAUGGUAGAGAAAGUUUCAAAGAAAUAUUUGAACAAUUUAAGCACAUUAAGGAUGAAUUAACUUCAGAGGAGGAUGAUCAGUUUGAUGAAAUUGAAGCGAAAUAUAUGAAACAGCCAAUUGCUGAAACAUUAUUGCAGUUUAGUGAAGCUUUGAAAGCUUUAAUGCAGCGAAGAAGAAAGACUUUGCCCGAACAAACGACCGACUUGUAUGAUAAUGAAGAUGCAAACAUCUCAGAUGUUGAAAGAUGAUUAUGUCAAGACAUCGAAGAAAAUUGAGGCAGUAAAAAAUCACACAAGCAGCAACAAAGGAUCAUGUAAAGAAAACAAAAUAUCGAAAAUGAAAAGAAUGUCAAGGAAUCAAGAGCUGUAUAAAUAAAAUGGGAGGACAGAUGAAAUAAUGCAAUUGUAAAUAGGCUAAAAUAAGAUCCUGUUAUAAUUUAUUAAUACAAAACAUAAUAUAAAACAAGUACCUCGAUAUAUUGAAAGUAAAAAUCGUACUAAAAAUGUUUUCUUUGCUUCUCGUAGUAUCAAUUUCUUAUUUACAUAUUUCAAGUAAUGUAAAAUAAGAUUAAUAGUAUAACAAAAAAAAUUUAUGGAAAAAUCAUGGAAAGCAAUUAAAUGGUCAGGUCAAUUGAAUAUUGUUACAGAGUAACAAUAUUCAAAAUUGACCUGGCCAUUUAAAUAUUUAUUAAAAUAAGUUAUUCUUACUUUUAAAUAAGUAAGUAGUAUUUACCAAGUAGCACUAAUAAUUUCGUUAAAUGUUACUAGCGAAACAAUUGUGUAAUUAAGAUACUGUAAAUAUGUUAUCCUGUGAUAUAAAAAAUGUUAUAAUUUUAAA